AUGGCGCCUAUUCAAACGCAGACAAUCACACCCCACCAAUUCAGCAACCCAGUCACAGUCAUACGGGCCUCGGGACGCAUAUCCAAACCACCAGCGCGCUCAACACGCACACAGACCAAAGCACUUCUAUCUCACUCGCCACAAAUACCCACCGCACAUCCAGACAUCGACAUUAGUCUGCUCCGCAAUAAGCUCCUCCUUCAGUGCCGACAAUACAUUCCCUCUGAGCUUCUUCAUGAAGCCCUGGCAGACGGCAUCUAUUCUCGCGCGACACACUGGAUUACGCCUUCUUCCAACGCAGCCUCCAAGUUCGGCAAGCGAAAACGCUACUAUGUUCUGCACAGCUCAAACUUCACCUUCCAGUCCAUGGGUAGCGCGUGGGAGGCGCGGAUCCUAUCUGGGGGUAGCCAGCCAAUCGAUGCAGGAAACGGUGUAGUCAUUUUCGUCAAGGAGAGGAGAGAAUGGGACGCGUUCAUGGCGGGGUACAGAAGGCAAGGAAAGCGAGCGGGGCAGCUGAUGAGGCUCAAGCAGAAGGAUACUGAGCGAGGAUGGAGGGACGCGUGGAAGAGGAAAUGCGGGAUGGAGGAAGGUGGCGGCAAGGAAGUCAACGCUGGGCCCAUGUGGGUGCUAGUGAAGAGCGCUGUUGCGAAGAUUGUCAGAGGUGAGGCGUGA